AUGAUAGCUACAGUGCUUAACACCGUCAAGUCUCCCCGCUUGAAUCUCGUCGCGGAAUGGGACCACGCGGCUCCGGAAUCCUCUUUCCACUCUAAAGCCUUGCAUGACUUCUUCGUCUCUUUCCACAUGACCUGGCUCAAGCCAUAUUCCUCCAUCCAGCACCUCACUCUAAGCUGUGACCAGCGUAUUGGGUUCUUACCGUAUCUCGACCUGACAGACGUCCACUUUCCGCGCCUCAAGCGCUUGAUUCUGAACAAAUUCACCUUCGCGGUGGGCUCGCAUCUCACCUGGAUAAUCUCACACGCUUCAAUAUUGACAGCCCUCUACCUAGACGAAUGCUCAAUCCUCUACGACGUCGGAAUAUACGAGGACUAUCUAUCCAACGUCCCAUUCUCAAAGAGCGAAAUGGAAUAG